UACUCACUUUCCUUAUUUAUAUAAAUUUUGCUAUUAAUGGUGUCACUGAUUAAUGGAGGUAUUGUGGAAUUUCUAUAAACCUCGCCGGAUUCGAAGUUUGAGGUCUCGUUUCUCGACAUUUGCCACUCCCGAUUUGUUCCGAAAACUGAAACAGAUUCAUUGAAAUGGCUGGACACAAGGUUGCUCAUGCCGUCCUGAAAGGACCGAGUGUUGUCAAGGAGUUAUGCAUUGGAUCGGUUCUUGCUUUGGCUGCAGGUAGCCUCUGGAAAAUGCAUCACUGGAAUGAGCAGAGAAAAGUGAGGACUUUUUAUGACUUGCUCGAGAAGGGUGAGAUCGGUGUUGUGGUGCAGGAAGAGUAAAUGUUAGCUGUUUCUCUCUUAUGAUUUUCUUAUCUGACUGUUUGUAAUCAUUUUACCCUUUCUUGCAUUUGGCUCUUGAACCUUGCUAUGAGCUUAGAUGUUGGAUUUUUUGGAGAAUAAAUUUUCCAUGUUCAAUUGUGGAUAAAUUGAUGUAUUAUUACAUCUUAUACAAAUUGGUGAAUUUACUUUGCUUUGCUUC